AUGUAAUCAACUGAAGAAUAAAAGAAAACGAUUAAGGAAAAUUUCCUAAACUUAUUGUAUAAUAUUUUUUUUGAUUAUAAUGUCGUUGAUAUGAGAGAUGAAAUGAGAAAGAUUAUGAUUAAUGAAAUAUAUUAGAGGCCAAACCAUGAAAAGAGUUGCUUUUUUCCUAACUACAAAGAUUAAAACGAAGCUAAAGAAGAUUUUAAGGUAUAGGUUGAUACUGUAAUGAAUAAGCUUAAAAAUAAUUAGUAUGAUACCAAAGAUGAUAUUUAUAAAAUGGGUGAUGCCAUGUAUUUUAUUCCUUUGGAAGAUAUAAAGAAGAAUUUACCUCCUUUUUUAAGAUGA